UUUGUAAAAGCCCUUCAUCGUACCUCCGCCAACACGUUCAAGAGUCCGGAAGGCGAGUGCCACCGGAGAGCCCAUUCAGAUUUCCCUUCUUGGCCUCUAUCGCAAACAGAAUGGAUGAAGACUCAGCACCGAUUUGCAUUAUACGGCCCUACAGAAAAGGCGACGAGGACACCAUUAGAGACAUAAUGACAGAGGCCACAAUGGAGACAGUUGGGGAUUUCUUCUGGUCCGCUGUCAUGUCGGAGGUCUUCCCGCAGGUUGCUCUCCUUGUUAUUGCAUUUGCUUUCAUUGGACUGGGGAUACCUUUCUAUUUCUGCCUGUUCGGCAUACCAGUUGCAGUGGGUGUGAUAUACGGUGUGAUUUGGUCAGCUCACUUAUUCAAGGCCAUGGAACUCCAUGAAGAUCUGAACAACAUACAGCGAACAUAUAUGGAUGAUCCUGACACUGGAUUCUGGGUUGCUGAAGUGUUGGAAGUCAGCGAGGCCAAUGAACUUGAUUCCCUCGUUAACAAAACUAAAAAGAUUGAAUAUCAAUUUCUUACUGAAGAAGAAUUCCACGUGAGAAAUAUAAACAUCGAUGGCUUCAGGAAGCAUCUGGUUGGGACUGUUGCUAUCACCAAGUCUCAGCGAGGAGGACUCAGGGCUUGGCUGAGACGCAUGGCAGUGAGGAAGGCUUACAGGCGCAGGGGAAUUGCCAUGCAACUCCUGGAGCAGGCCAUCCAGUUCUGCACAGACAGGUGCCAUGAGGGGAUUGAACUCAUCACAACGGAGUGCCACUAUAAGGCACGUGAGCUAUAUUACAAGAGAGGUUUCACAGCAGAGCACACCUAUUACAAGUACUAUUUCAAUGUGCGACAGCCAAUGUACCUCUUCUCAAUGCCUUUGAAGCCCCCCAAAGCAAACCUUGCUGAAGUAUCAACUAUGUAGAGCAUUAUCCUGUCAACGAUUAUGCUUGUUGACACUUUGUCUAGAUUCAUAAUGAGUUGCUCCAUACAUAUUUUGAUCUUCCAAGGGGAAUGACACCAUUUCGGAUAGAAAAUGAAUUUAUGAACAAGAAGGCUUGUUGGGGAUAUCAGAUAGUGCCUUAAGGUUGUUUUGUUGUUAAGUAGUUCCUAGAUUUUCAAUGAGGUAGCAUUCAGGGUGAUAUGCAGUAGAGAUAAAAGCUGUAGAUUUUUUUUUUAGGGGGGGUGGACUAAUCUGUAGAGUUGAGACAUCAUGAAAACAAUGUGAUAAUGGUUUUAAAUAUUGUGAACUAAAUGGUAUGAACUAAACUUGUUUGAUAUGUCUCCAGAGGAACUUGGAAUUAUUUACAACCUUUGUUUGGAUUUUGAUAUUCUUUUGAAGGUCUGUGAUGUGCAAGUUGCACACCAUUUUUUAUAUGUAACUUUUCAUUUCUUAUAUUUGUCUCAUGUAGUCACUGCAUGACUGAAAGAAACAUGUAAUUAUGUAAUUUAAUGCUUAUGUUACAGUUAUUUUUAAAGCUUGUAAAAAUUUUAGCAAUCCUUGAAAUUUAAAUCAGAUUAACUUAUCACAAAUAAACUUUUUUAUAUGUAAUUUUCCUUUACUGGUACUGAAAAUGGAUGAAAUGCUUUAGUGAAAGUUUCUUGUCUAUUCUGGUAGAUUAAUUGUAUGUCAGAUCUAUAUGUAUCAUGAUAAUAUUAAUAAUUUGACCUGUGAAUAAAUAAACCAUCAUGAUAGUCCCAGAAUCUCAUUUUGUGUUCGUGUUCUUUGGUAUGAUUUUAUUAUUGUUAUAGAUGUAUUAUAUAUUGGUGCAGCUCAUUUUUAGGUGACUUACAGGCAAGGGAAUUGGAGUAUAAGAAAGUUAUAUAUUUGACUGAGCUGUUUCCAAGUUGGAAUUAUCUACAUAUUUAUAUAAAUUGGUACAUAGGAUCAAAAAUGUAUAUUAGUUCUGAGCAAGAACUUAAGAAUCUUUUCUGCUUAUACUCAUUUUUUCCUUGUGUGCAUUCCGAGGUUACUUUGUUUCACGUGAUUUUUGCCCGUCUUCUAGUUCAUAAAACAGAAGCAUGGGAUUAGUUUCAUUGAUUUAUUAAGACAUGUAUAAAGGGAUUUAUACCAAGUCUUUUAUAUUUCCACACUGAAGUUUUGUAGUGUUACUUGUAUAUAUUUUUUGUUUUAUUUUUGUAAUGAAUUGUUGUACAUUACUCUUCAUUUCUCUAGGAAUUACAAGGAAAUACAAAGAUGGAACACAAGUUUACACUUUACUGAAUAUACUUUCUUUUAAGAAAGUAUAUUGUAAAUGUGUGAAGUGUAAAUUAUAGUAAAAUGAAAAUUUAACUGGAAGGUUAUUGUCUAAAAUUAGAACAUAGUCGAUGUAUAAUUGUGCUGAAGGACAGUCCCAGUGCCAGUGGUCCAUCUUUUGAGAUACCUUGUCAUAUGCUGUAUUUCCGGAAAUGAAUUUAUAUAUCAUUGUUACAUAUAUUUUUGUAAUAUGAUGCCCACAAAUAAAGGAACACAUUGGU